CGCAGCUACCAUGGCGACGAAAGCACGGCCACUGGAACGCUGGGAACAACUGGCGACCUACCAACGACGAGUCGGAUGUGAUGCGUAUCGUCAUGUUCCUCCUCUGCGUUUUCGGCGUUGUCCUGUUACUCGGCGCCGUCCUCUACGCUAUGGAUAAAUCGGGAGGUGACGCAAACGACGACUCGUCUAUCUCUGGUGGCAAGAACUCGACCAUGGUAAAAGCGGCAGGCGCAGGCCCUAGUGGUAGCGCAGUUAAACCCGCUCCACAACCGCCAGAGUUAGUCACCAGCGAGCCUAUUUCCCCUUUCACUUGGCCUCCUGCAGCGUGGUCGACGGCUUCGGUGGCUGAGCCACCUUCGACCAGUGCUGAACUGAUACUGCCGACACCAAUGAAAGCCAAACCUACCUCAUUCAAGCCUGCUUCCAUGCCCAAGCCCACCACGCCAAAGCCUACCAUGCACAAGCCCACCGCGCCCAAAGCAACCAAGCCGCAACCCACCAAGGCGCAACCCACCACGCCCAAGCCUAGCACUCCAAUGCCCACCACGCCGACGCCAACCACGCCGACACCCACCACGCCGAAGCCCACCAAGCCGACGCCCACCACGCAGACGCCAAGGACGCCGAGGCCCACAACGCCGACGCCAAGGACGCCGAGACCAACCAGACCGUCUCCAACAACACUGAAGCCCAGCAAGCCGAAACUUACCACGCCAAAGCCUACCAUGCCACUGCCUUCAUCGCCAGAGCCUCCUACGAUGAAGCCAAGCGGGGAUUCGAGGCAACGCAUGAGUGGCGAGUCGCUCAUCUGCACUGUGAGCGUGGUAGGAGACAAUAAGCUCGGCGUUCCAAAGGACGGCCUCUGCAACUUCCUCUUCUACGACUCUCUCUACCGCCCGCAAGGCGACACUCUGAUGAAGCAGCCGAGAUCGCAGCUGGUAAAGUUCCUGAGUACCGCCGCCAUCUCCAAAGACACGGACCACGGCUUCUCUGUGGAUAUAGACAACGUGCGAGCCUUCAGCGAUCACCUGCUCGAGGAGAGGGGGAAGAAGAGAAUUAAAGAAAUGGGCGACCAGAAGGUCAUCGACUACGGCUUCCUAACAUUGGAUCAUUCACGGUCGUCCCGACAGAACAUCCAAGAAGCUCUGAGUGCCCUCAAGGCUGUGACGGAAAUAGUCAAGGAGGUGACAGGCAAGACCGGCUUCACGGUGCUGGGCCUCUACAACAAGGUCACGACCAAUUGCCAGACAAUUUCUGAUAUAAGCGGGCAAGAGUUCAAACCAUCGGCAAUAGUAAUCUUGGGCCACAUCUCCUACUACGAUCGGCACGUUCACGGGUGCCGCAUCCUUCCGCCAAAUCUGUACGGCGUUGAGCCACAGGUGCUGAAAAGUUUCGGCUACGGCCACUUAUUCGAAGACGGUGUAGCCCUGGCUCGGUGCAUCGAGGAGAAAAUCAAGUUCACGGGUAAAAUACCCGUGAAGGUCUCGGUGACUCUCAAGGGGCGCCGCUACAUAGCCAAGCCGGAAAAAGACCCAUCGUUUGUCGGCAUCGGGAACUUCGAUCUGCUACGGCAAUGCGGCCGGCCUAAGCAGAAUCCGCAAUACGAGCAAGACGCUCCAGCAGUCCGGGUUUGCGGAGAAGCCGGACAGUAUAAGAAGAACAUGAACUUCAGUGAGCAAUACCAAAGCGUGGUCACGUACGACAAGUCGAAAGGAGACACGAUCACCUUCGACAAUGAGGCCUCCCUUCGUAAGAAAGUCUGCGACGCCCGAGCGUCGCAUGGUUCGUUCUCUCUCGCCGCCUACGACGUCAACUACGACCAAGGCAAAUCCGUUUGUGAUAUGUGGGGCCCCAAGGGCCACCUCUCUCGGCUCAAGCUCAUCCGCAAGCUGAAUGAUUUCAUGCGUGGCGAGGAUGCUGGUGACAAAGUUAACUGUAAAAGCGACAGCGAUACCUCGCGGUGACCGGAGGCGAACUCAAGGUGUCGGCCACUUGCAGCCAGCAUAUGGAUUUCCUUACUGCUCGCAGAAGACAGAUAUACUGCAUUUCUUAUUCCAGAGAGUUCAUGUUCUGCCCUGACAUGUGCGGGGAACAUUCGUAUUUAUUUACAUAUGAGAACAUGCUGUUCAUAGAA